AUGGCCGACCCUUUGCAGCUGCAGCACGAGAAGAUCACAUGCACUGGCUCGCAAGCGCUCUGCGCAUUGAGCAACUAUGUCAUAAGCUUGUCCCUCGGAGGCCUCACAGGCGUCAAGGCAGCUAUUCCGAUGCUGCUGGUGGCCAUCGGCUCAAAGCUGAGCGACCGAUUUCCACUGCACUUGGAAGAUACCUGGUUGGACAGCUGGAUUUGUAUCGUGGUGCUUGGCCUUCUGCUGAUUCUGGAGCUGGUGUCUGACUGCAUUCCAGCAUUGGCUUCCUGCCAAGACUGCGCCAUGCUGGUAGCAAAACCGGUUCUCAGCUUCACUAUGGCUUUGGCACCCAGUUACGGGAGCCAGUAUGGCAUCAGCUCCGCCACAGGCUGGCUGGCUGCAUUUUCUGCUGGCGGUCUGGCAUUGGUGGUGGCUGUCAUCAAGGCUGCGUGGACAUUGGCCUGUGACAGCUGCUCUGGUGGUUGUUGCAGUCAAAUCCGUAGUGCUGUCGAGCAUGCACUGACCAGCAUUCUCACCUUGUUCGUGUUCUUCGUCGGGGUCAUAGCGGCCGGCAUGGUGGUGGCAGGCUUUGCUGCUCUCAUUGGCUACUAUGUCGCUGCAAGACGGCGCGAAGGAAAGCCAAUGGUGCCACAAGAAGUCGCGACAAAGUCUCCAGACUGUUGUGGUGAAAAUGCAGACUCUGGCACUGAUUCGGGGUCAGCCGAAGAUGACGAUGAGCUGAACGCAGGAUGGCUCGAGCCGGGCAGCCUUGGAUCAGGCAAGGCGGUUGGUGACCGGUUGCGCCGGGGCAUGGAUGGCAGCUACGAAGCAGGGCGCAGAUUCGGCCCUCUGGAAGCCAGCUUGGCUGCAGCCUCGGUAUUGACGGUGGGAUGGAGAAGGCGGAUCCGGAAACUUCCUCUGUCUAUCUUUCGGAGGAGAAACAAAGGCGCCUGCGCAUGCUCGUAUGUGCGUGCAUUAGUGUGGGUGCGCACAUAG